GUUCUUGAUAGAGGCGACGAGACCAUUCGAGGUGCAAUCGGCCUACUCCGGAGCCAUCUUCAUCCUGAAAAUGAUGGCAUUGAUGAACCGCAUGGGGGACAGCCCCGCCCCGGUCGCCCAAGGACGUCCACCACUCGAAACCUGUCUCACUUCGAGCAUGUGGAGAGGAGACGAGGGAGGAGAAGUUCAAGACUUCCGACUGCAACUCCGGACAAUGAUGGAAAUACAGGUGGUGCCCCGAAUGUGAAUGCACAAACCAACUUCGAGGAUGAGACGGAGCCGAUCCAUAAUGAUACAG